AAGAUGAAAAAAAAAACAUAAAUUUAUUUACAGAUUUGUUUUUUUGUUCUGCUGUCAAGUGUUGUGUUUUUUUAUUUUGUAAGCUUAAAAAUAUAUUUAAUUUUUAAUACCUAUACAAAAUGUCUACGGAUCUCUUCGCUAGUUUCAACGAACAAUACAUGAACAUAAACACAAAGCUAAAGAAGCGUUUCAUGAGGAAGCCCAAUAUAUCGGAGGCCACAAAUGAGUUUAUAGCCUUGGCUAUUCAAUGUGAGCAUUCAGAACAACCCGCGUUUGCUGGUCACGCUUACGUUGGGGCUGCGAAAUGCGAGGCUACGGCAGGAAAUGCUCUUGGAGAAGCUGAAUACUACAUCGCAGCAGCGAGGCAGUUUAUGAAAGCUGAGAAGAAGCUGGUCUCGCUUAAGUUCUCAAGUCCUGAUAGGGAGAACUUGGAAGCUGCGAUAGGGUGUUACUUGCAAGCUCUCACAAAAUACCCUGAGAAGUCCCUCCUCCGCACGUCAAUAUUGAUGGAGAUCGCUGACCACCUCAUUGACCUCAACCACAAGUCCGAAGCUGUGGGGUACUACCAGCAGGCUUUGGAAGAUAUGGAGGAGAAGACCAUGAAGAUUGUGCAUUUGAGGAACUUGGUGAAUCUUUUGAUUGACUGUGAUAAGUUUGAAGUUGCCCUGGACACAGCUAAUUCUAUGAUUGAUAGUUAUACUGGUAUCCCUGAGGACAUAUUAGCAGAGAUACAGACCAGCAGAGUGCUACUUACUCUCCUUGUAGAGCCAUUAGAAGACAGCAAACCAGAGUCCUUGAAACAAUUGUUCACUAGCAUCAUGAAUGACUGUGAAACUGACAUGUUCCCCAUAAACGUGGAGCUGCGCCUGAAGCUCCAGUCGCUGAUGCUGAGCCUCGCGCUCGGCGCCGCGCCGCCCGCGCUCGGCGACCUCACGCGGCGACAGGCCGACCUCGUCGAUAGACUCAAUGUCGCUCGUUGAUAGGUUGGCCUAAUGUCAGAUGCCUUUAGACGACUGGAAUAAAUCUGAAACCAGCACUAUCAGACCGACGUCGAGAAUGAGCGUACAUUGUGUUACAUUACAAGAAAAUAUCAGCAAUGUAAUGUUGAAUCUGUCAAAAUUUGGUGAAUAGUAAAUAGCCGGCUUGACACCAGUGUUAGUAGUAACAGAAUCGAUAAAAGAAGAUUGAUACCUCUGGAAGACUGUAGGGUAGGCUACCUUUAGCGAUGCUACAUAAACCCUUAUCUAUAACCACAGAAUAAUAUAAUGCUAGAGCAGCUAUAGUUCACUAUGGUGGAAAUGCUAGAGGAGGAUUCAAAUCCUAGUGAAGAUAAGAAAUUUUUUGGAGGCAUCUCCAGAUCUAUAUAGAAAUGGCGCUCUGGCCAUGUGGUCUGACUCCCUUUGUCCGACAGAUCAGACUCCAUGAAGAACAUUAACUUCCAUUGGGAUGAUCAGGUUGCACAGAUUGAGAUAUGUCAAUAAACCAGCAUUUGUUCUCCCACUACAAGAUAUUGUACUCUGACAAGUCAUGUGACCAACAUUGUACAAUUUGGGCAUGUCUCUAAUAUAAAUCAACAAUAUUUUUAAGUAGCUUUAGUAUAUACACGAUUGUGUAUUGACGACCUCAGUGGCGAAGUGGUAAAGUGCUUGCCUCGGAACCAAAAGGUCCCAGGUUCAAUCCCCGGUCGGGUCAUGAUGGAAAAUGAUCUUUUUGUGAAUGGCCUGGGUCUUGGAUGUUUAUCUAUAUAUGUAUAUGUUAUAAAAUAUAGUAUCAUUGACUUGGUAUCCCAUAACACAAGUCUAGAACUUACUUUGGGGUUAGCUCAAUCUGUGUAAUUUGUCCUAAUAUAUUUAUUUAUAUUUAUACACAUUCCUAUGUGAUUGAUGAUGAUGAUGAUUUUCUUACAAAAGAACCACAAAAUUAUAUAUCAAAUCCCAGUUUUAUUUCCAAUAAAACUUGCACAAAAAAUGCUUUUUUUUAUUUUUUACUCAACCAUUUACCUAAAAUAUAUGAUUUGGUUGGAUACACUUAUCUCUUCAAUAUUUAACAUACAACAAAAUGGUUACACCUGUAUUUUUUCUGUAUUCAAGAAUACUUUUUUUUUUAAUUUCAUCAAAAUAUUUUCUCAACUUGAUUAAGACUUUUUGUGUUUACUACUGUUACCACCUAUGCCAUCCACAGGCACAGUUACUUGCAAUUCAUCUGCAAAAUGGAUGUUAUCAACAAUGGAUGGUUUUCCUUCAUCUAAUGUCUUUUUGUCAUGUUGAAUCUUUUCAUCAUCAAUUUCUAAGAGGUUUCCAAAGUUAGCUGCUGUGUCAAUCUUAGACUUGACAGAAUGUGUCCACAUUUCUUCAAACUCAUCAUCAUCACUGUCAUCAUUUUUCGUCUGCUUUCCUUCAUUGGUCUUCUGCCAGCAGUACUCAAAUGGAUAGCUGGUGUUUCUGUUGUCAUCUAGAGCAAUCUCAAAGCGGGAUGACAGGGAAUUGUAGGUUGUGUGAACCCCCUCCAGUAGGUUAACAUCAACUUCAUCGAAACCAGUAAUAUAUUUAAAUAGUUCAUCCACAGAUUUCAUGUCUGCUACUCCUUUCUUCUCAAAGAACUGUAAAUUAGUAAAAUUUUAUUAAUCUACUUUCAAUCACAUAUAAAAGUCACUUGAAAACAUAAUCUGACUCAACUAAAAUAAUUAUAGUUUGAUUUGACAUUUAUGUGUGACAUUGGCAAAAUCAUCAUUUGGCCAAACGAUGGAGCCAUAAAAUUAAAAAGUGAAGUGAAGUGAAGUGACAUUUAUGUGCAAACAUAGUAAUGCAAAAUUAGACCACACAGUAUAUUAAAAUUGAAAACAGAGUCUUUAAAUCAAGGUGUUUUAUGAAAAUUAUACUCACAUUGCAUAUAUUGCGGCAAUCCCUGCGCAAGAACUCCAAUCCAUUGGGAUGAUCAGGUUGCACAGAUUGGGAUACAUCAAUAAACCAGCAUUUGUUCUCCCACCACAAGAUAUUGUACUCUGACAAGUCAGCGUGGAUCAUGUGACCAACAUUGUACAACUUGUGCAUAGCAUCAACCACUUCAUUGUACACACUUUGCCAUUUUUCAGGUUUAAGGAUCACAUCACGAAGUUUCGGAGCUGGCUUAUUGUCCCUUCCAAUAAAAGACAUCAAUAGAAUAUGCUUCUUCAAACAAAUCAUAUCGGGACAAUUCAGUCCAAUCUUUUGCAUUCGCAUCAUAUUGUGCAUCUCUUUCUCUGCCCACAUGUGCACAAUUUUUCUUGGAUUUUGCUUUGAGAAUCUAUCUUUGAAACGGUAGUCUGCCUCUAUGUACUUGUCUCUCGUUUUGAACUCAUUCAGGGUUGUCUUAAAUACUUUGAUUGCACAUUCUUUUGGGAUCACCAAGUCUGGAUAUGAAGUGUCUCCAUUGGCAUGCAAAACAACAGAUUCUUUGCCAGUGGAAAUCACACCAUUGAUAUCUUCCAGCAGACCAUUAUUGAUAAGUUUAAAUAGAAUUAACCUAGUUGGUUCAUCCAGUCCCAUUUCAGCUGUGGCAUGGCUUUCCUUUCUAUCCAACAUUUUGUGUUUGCGGGACUGGUGUUGUCUCGUACUCUCUCUUAAAUGAUUGAACACAGAAUUGGACAAUUUCAUAUCGAAUCCAGCUCCAUCACCAGUGCACACUUCCGGCGGAAAUGCCAUAACACGGCAAGCAUUCCGUCUACCAUUGAUAACACUGUCAUGUUUUGUCACCAUUGCACCAUCCUUCAUUAUAAAACCUCUUUUAGGAAGGCUCGCAAACUCUUUCUCGUUUGUUUCAAAACGGUCCCAAUCCUUCUUGGCAGUAACUUCAACAUCCUCAUCGUCCUCAGAAUCGUAUACUAAAUGGUCGGGAACGUGUCGGUAGUUCUCAUACGAAACAGAUACCUUGGCUUCUCCAUUGCGCUUCUUCUCCACUCUCUUGAUUUCAUCAUCGUAUUCUUUGUCGAAUUGACAUUGCAACACUUUUGCAAUAAUAGCGUCAGAGUCGCAAAACUCCUUCACAUUUGACUCUUCAAUUUGCUUUAAUAUCUCCGGAGAUAUAUCAUUAGAUUCACUGCUUAUUUGCUCGUCCGUUUGAAACGAUGUUCCUAUUUCUUCAGCAAACUUGAUCUCUUCUUUUAUUUGAAGGCCUUUUGCGUAUUGCUCUGACAUAAUAUCAGACAAAUUUUGUACAUCAGCUGGAGCUGCAACUUUCUUCCAAGGAUUCGACAUAUUGUAUAAAUAAUGAGUAUAAUCUAUAUCACAGAAAUUUCUAUAUCAAUAAAUUAUUUAUCAAGGAAAAAUGCAAAUGUACUAUUUGUGAUCAAUCAAUCAACAAAUUACACAAGGAAGGAAAUGAAAAAAAUAAUUUCGCUCAGACAAGUGUUGCCCGUUUCCUUCCACUAUUAUAUAAACGUUGCCGAUUCGUUUGCCCGAUUGAAAGAUAUGAUGCAUAAUAAUCGAUAUAUCUUCAUUUUGGUCAUAUUAAUUUUUUGUCAAUACUAUCGUAGUAAUUGUAGACAAAGAAAACUAUAUACUUCAUCAUAUUUAUCCUUUGUUUCGCUCAUACAAUAAAGAAAAACGGGUAAUUGAAAUAGACGAGAAAAAACGAGACAAAGCGCUAAUAACUUCUAUUCCGGUAAUCGUUUCGCAAUGCCUAAUUAACUGCCUUGUAUGUAUUGAUCAUCAAAAGAAAAAGAAUGUUUCUAUGAGAUAGGAUGAAAAAUAUGGUGGAAGGAAAUAUUCCUUUUGUUCAUUGUCUUGAUAUCAAUAGUAGCAGGUAGUUUACAAUCGAUUUUAUGGCUCCUCAAAUAAUUGAUUCGGAAUAUCAAUUCUAUAUCGAAUCGAAAGUAUCGAGAAUCGUUACCUAUCUAGUUGACUGACAUUAUGAGUGUACAUUUUUAUAUGGAUUGGUUAGCCACAAGAAAAAAAAAAUGGAUUGGUUAGCUACUGCGCACACCCAUUACUUGUUAAAAAGGCACAGUUGGCCAUUUAAAUAAAACAAUGGACAGCUCAAAAUAAUAAGCAGGCAACGGAUACUGAGCUGCUGGGAGAUGAUGAUUAUUUUAUAUAUAUAUUUAGGAAUCUUUUUUCUUCUAAAUUUUUUACAAGGCUUCAGUGCACUUUGUGGACUAUUUAGGAAUCUUAAGGGUGAUAGUUUUCAAGGGCCCUGGAAUAUGUAACAACUCCCAAGGGAAAGGGUGAUUAAACAUAAAGAGCUAGUCUUUGAUGAUACAAAUAAAAUUUAAUGUUACACUGUUUGUAGAACUUGAUAAUCAGUCACAGAAACUAAACAAUCUUUUUGAAGCAAUAAGUUUCAAAAAGGGAAUGGAUUUCUGAAAAUAGUAACAAAAGCACCACUCAGCUCCAGUAAUAAAUUUUAUGACCAAUAAAUGAAAUACAAUAAUGGUUUUUCACUUAUUUAUUAACCCUAACAUUCACUUAGUGGACUUCUUGCCACCUUUAGAACUGGCUUGCUGUGCUUUGAGAACCUUGACGAUCUUCUGUUCCUCAAUAAGGAAAGCUCGGACAAUGCGUUGCUUCACACACUUGUGGCAAAGGACACCUCCAUACACACGCUUGACUGUUUUCUUGCGGUAGCACAGACGGGAGCGCUCUGCAGG